AUGCCAGGUUCAAUUGCUGCUGGGAAUGCUAGCCAAACCCUUCGAGUUGCCGAUGCGGGUAGCAACGUGAAUUCCACCCCAGGUUAUCAUUUACCUACCGCUUCUCACGAAAAUCGCCCUUCUGUCGCCGCUGAAGACGCGCCUGAGCCAGAACUUCACGAAAUUGGCUCUAUUGAUGACGAAGACAUCAACAGUAUCAUCGGCUUUCGAGGUGAUGUGGCACCAAGUGAAUUGGGCGAUGUCCCCGUGGAUGAACCCGGGUCACUUCCUAGUGUCGUUUUUAUGAUCCCUCUUCCGCCACCAGUUGUCGGACGACGCUCCAAGAACACGACACCUUUCUUGAUAUACUCUCCACCUCGUCGCCCAUAUGAAAGACCACUGAAGGAUGAAGAAGGAAAGCGUCCAAAGGAAAAGCUAUUCAAGCGCGUGGUUCGGAUUUACCAGAAAGAAGUCCGGAAGGGCGAGCAGGUGAAGCGAAAGGAAAUUCCUAACGCGGGUAAAUUCCGCAAGGUGGUCAAAGCUCGAGCUGCACUUGUCAGAGGUGCAUCAAUGAUGAGUCAAUGGCUCCCUUCAUCUUGUGUCGAAACAUUGGCACGUGUGCCCCCCAAGCACAAGUUAGGAGAAAUCUUGGUCCUUUACCCGGAGUUCUCUGGAGAGACCAGCCCAGAGGGGUCCGAUCAGCCAUACCAGCCAACCGAGGAAGACUUGUUACACGACUUGAAUGUCUUGCUCAGAAAGACUAAGAAAGGAAUCGUCGUCAGAUUGGUUGUUGUCUCUUGCUUUUUACCGAUUGCUGCAGGAAUCAUUGCCUACUUGGCUUUCCAAAUCUACGGACUACGCAAGGUCAAGGCCCUCACUAGCAAGAAAUCCAGUCAAAAGAAGAUCAAAGCUUCAGACAAAGCCACAGAACAAUCCAUCGAAGCCUCUUCAUCUCAAGCCGUGGAAAUCGGAAUGGAGGAAUCCGCAGGAACGCCGACGGAUGCCUCUGCAGACAGCUAUUUCCGAGUCCAUACUGCAGAUCAAGAAAUAUUCGAGCCUGUGAUGAAGUUGCUCUACAACAUUUGCAGUCGAAUUGACCCUCUCUCCUUCCCGCCCUCGACCGCCGAAGAAAUCCAGCCGAGCGAGCGAUUCGAGACUCUUGCCGAGCAAGAAGGAUCCGGAUCCGAACCAAUUUCAGCUGCAUCCAAGAAAACUGUCCUUCCCCCGACGUUACACAAACCUGCACCCGAGAUGGUAAGAAAGAUGAUAGAAGCUUUCCAACAAAAUCUGCCUCAAGAAAUUGUAGACAGAUACGAUUUGGAUGAAGAACGGUUGGCAAACGACUUGGCCAGAUACUUGAAAAAGGCUUCCGUAGAGUAUGUCACAUCAUUGAAAGGCCGUCCUGAAAGCGGGAUGAUCAAAAGAACGAAGAAGUGGUUUGCGAAGAGGACUUUGGUCAAGCAAGAGCGCAAGGAGAAGCGUGGAGUCAAGAAACAAAUCAAGGCCGAACUCGCCGAGCAAACCGCCUUGGAUCUGGCCGAAGCCGCCAGAAUCCAAGAAGAAAACGAGCUAGCUAAUCCGGAAACUGCGAUCACUGAGUCUGAACCGUCGACUCGUAAGACCGAGAAGAUGCUCAAGAAGCAAAAGGCAAAGGAGGAGAAGCUUCUCAAAAAAGCGGCCAAGGGCAUCAAGAAAAAGGGCAAGAACCCAGUGAUCGCUUAG